AUGGAGACGGAUGUUGAGCAGGAGCUUCUCUGCGUGGCGGCGGAGCUGGAAGAGGUCGAAGGUGAGCUCUUCCGCUUCUCUUUCGUCUUUCUUCCUCUUUUCCUUUGCCGCUCUUGCUUUCUCUGGGAGCGACGGGAAGAUCGGGGAUCUUCGGCUCCUGGCGAGUCCUUCUUCCCUCCGGUACUGUUUAAUUUGGCUUCUGGGUGGUCAUCGUAGUACAUCCGUAGCGAGACGUCUUCUUUUCUCUCGGAGGAGGUCAGGUGAGGUGAAAAAUGUGGCGAGGAGGGAUGCUCCGCUGCUUCUGUGGCCAUUAUUUCUUCUCUGGAUUUCAUCUGAACAUUUUUUUCUAUAAGAAGGACGAGAAUGGUGCGGGUUUGAUCCCAGCAGGCGCCUUCGCUGCUCUUGUUGUUGGAGGACGCAUGAAGAGCUGUGCUUGUUAUGGCGACAAGCAACAAGGAAUGCUUAGAGUAUCUUAGGUGAUUUAGUUUGUCUGGUUCGUUUUAAUUUUUCGAGCAAUAACGAAAAAAAAUCGAUGCUAAAAGCCUGAGAAAUGAUGCAGUUAAUCCAUAACCUGCGACGGGGUGUUUCCUCCAGCCAUAAUUUCUGGAAGUUAAGGAAUAACUUCGGGAAAUCCAGCAGAUAAUGACCCCUUGUUAUAGAGCAUCUUGGUGUCUGUUGUUCAUAGCCUUGAGUUGAUUUCUACAGUAUGAAUCUUGGUUCUAAUGCUAUGUGAGGAAUACUGUUGACAAAGUCGAGACCAUUGUGUAUUUAACAAGACAAUCUACUGCAAUUUAUACUUUUGGUUCAGUUUUGAUCAUCAGUCUAGAUCUGAAAGGAAAUAACUCACUGGGUUUCUGUGUCUGCUUCCUUUUUCAGAUCAGAUAAGGGUGCUACUUGAUAGGCAACAGCAAUUGCAUGAGAAACAAUCUGACCUGAAGGCACUGCUUGAAGCAUUCAGAGCAUCUGAAAACUACGCAAAUGACAACCUUCCAGUGGGUGUGGAAGAUUGGUCUGGGUCUUUUGAAUGGGACUCUCGAGCUGAUGAUAUCAAACUCAAUAUCUUUGGUAUCUCAAAAUACCGAGCAAAUCAGAGGGAGGUUGGUGGUUCUAAUUCUCCUUACUGUUCCGCUCCUUUAUCUUGAAUUGAUGUUGAUGUUCUCGGUGGUGACUUUCCCUCCAAUUCAAUCCUUUUUGUUUAAAUGUAAACUACUUGACGAAUCUUGAAAUGCUGUUUAGCAAAAUUGUCAUUUCAGUCGACAUAGAUUUAAAGGAAACUAUGGAACAACAUAAUGGCUUUCGACUAGGGAAUGACUUUACCCAGAAGCCCUUCCAUUGAACCUCUGGGAAAUUGAUGGCUUCGUGAUGGCAAUGAGUGAAAGAGUGGACAAGGUUGCUGUGCCAAGAUGAAUGAUGUAACACUUCCUUUUUUGGGAGCUCCGUAUCUGUAGAGUUUCAUAUACCCUUCGUUUAUGUCUUUCGCUGUUGUAUCAGGUAGUUUGCCUUUUUUGGAUGCUGAUCGUAGACGUCUGUGACUAUUCCUAUUCUUAUUUUUUAAUAAUGAAUAUGCAGUAUAAUCAAUGUUCAAGAAAAAUCAAACGUAUUCCCUAUGCUGGUUGGAAUAUGCAGUAUAAUAUAGGUUUGGGAGCAUGGUUUGGUGACAUUUUUUUAUCUAAAACAGCCUAUUUAGAUCAAUUCAUAUCUCAGGAGCUCAAGAUAAAAGGCCAUACAAACUCAUUAAACUGUGGGAAACAAAAGUACAUCGAGCUGACUUGAUUGAUCUCAUUCAACCCAAUUUGAGACGGUUGCCAUUCAGGAAUAACUUAGAAUUAGUGGUCUCUAAUAAAUUUUUUGUGACUAUGCUAUUUUUGUGCGGGAAUAGUUUUUAAUAAUGGAUAUUUCAUCGUGUCAGAUCGUAAAUGCUGUGAUGAGCGGGAGAGAUGUCCUUGUUAUAAUGGCUGCAGGUGGUGGCAAGAGCCUUUGCUACCAACUCCCUGCUGUUCUUCGUGAAGGUGUGGCCCUUGUUGUCAGCCCCUUGCUUUCUCUCAUACAGGAUCAGGUGCUCAUGAUUUCCUUCUGGAUCAGUGAGUUUCUUAUAUGUAGCUUAUUUUAAACAAUGGAUGCCUCUAUUUUUAAGGUGAUGGCGCUGACUGCAAUAGGCAUCCAUGCAUGCAUGCUGACUUCAACUACUAGUAAGGAGAAUGAAAGAUCAGUAUACAAGACACUUGAAAAAGGAGAGGGGAAUCUUAAGAUUCUGUAUGUAACUCCAGAAAAAAUAUCCAAGAGUAAAAGAUUUAUGUCAAAGCUUGAAAAGUGCAACCAUGCUGGUCGUCUUUCACUGAUAUCCAUUGAUGUAAGUAAAUAUUUUUUAUAAUAUUCUUGAAUUUUGAUUAUGAACCUUGUAAGUAUGCUCUUACUUAAUUGAUCCAACCUGAAUACGAAAUUUCUGAAGUUUUGCGGUUGGAUCCUGGACAGGUUAAUUCGUUCCUUUCAUUCAUUUGAUAAUGAUUGCGUACAGAGGAGAUCAUAUGCCACUGUAUCAAACUUCAAAUUAUCUUAACUUGACAUCAGUUUUUCAUUUUAAUUCUUAUUCGAGUAUGAAAUUUUAGCAGCUAAUCUCGGUUGAUUGAAGACCAUUGGUAAACACUUUGUAAGGGGUACGGCAUGAAAUUUGUUUCUAAUAGGGAAUGGAUUGGCCAAAUCAGAUGUUCCCGCGGACUGAUAGAGGCAUUGGUUAUCAUCCGGAGUCAUCAAAGAUACAAGCAAACUUAUAAUUUUCAAUCUAACUGUAUUCAUGGGAUUUGGAAGCAAAAUGUACAGUUUGAAAUAAGCUUUAUGAGUUAGUUGGGAUCAUCAUGUAAGUGGUUGGUCAGAAGACUGUCCAACUUGCACACCAUUGACAGGAUAAUUUAUUAAGGACCUAUUGUAGAAAGUUGAAUCAAAGCUCAAAAGGGUUGAAUCCUUGAAGCCAUUCUACAUGGCCGAAUGUAUUCUCUUAAUCUGUGCGCCUAGCCAUCUGUUUCCUCUGAAAAUUUUAGCUCUUCGAGGUUGGGAGAGAAAGAAUUGAAGCCGUUGAACAUUCUUUCUUGGGGAAUAUUUCGAAUACAGUUAAGCAGAUCAGGAUCAUGUUAAAUAGGUCAGAGUUUGCAAAAGAAAUGCGAAAGGUGGUGUGGGAGGGGUUAAACACAAAGCUGUCAACAUUGUGCUGUUCUCUGGGUGGGUCUGAACGUUUGGGGCAUAAAUUCUUUGGGCUUUAGCAAGGGAAGAUACCAUUAUGGAAUUUCAAAAUGGAACAUUACACGGAGAACAGAUCCUCCAGGCCAUUUCUGGGUAGUAUACAGUAACUAAUGCAAGAUUUAUUUCGUUCCUGAAGAUCUGAACUCGGAAAUCAGUUCCUUUUUUUAGGUGUAUGGUGUUCAGUGUGUGCCGUUUAGAAGUAAUUCGAUAAAAUGCUUGAAUUUUGGCUAGUAGAUGAAGGGAUAUAAAUGCCUUUUGAAGCAAUACAUGAUAAGUAUUUUUUGCAGGAGGCUCAUUGUUGUAGCCAGUGGGGACAUGAUUUUCGACCUGACUACAAGAACCUUGGCAUCUUGAAGACUCAGUUCCCUAAAGUUCCCUUAAUUGCACUAACUGUAUGUUCCUGCGGAAAUAAUCUUUGUAUAGUUUACUCAAGUGAUCACUGACAUGUUAAAGGUUUUUUGCCCUAGGCGACUGCUACUCAGAAGGUACAGUUAGAUCUGAUGGAGAUGCUUCACAUUCCGAAAUGUGUUAAGUUCCUAAGCACAAUUAAUCGGCCAAAUUUGUUUUACAAGGUAUUUCGUCUAUACUCAGAUUUGGUUUGAGAUCAACUGACGAUAAAUAGUAAGAAAUGAUAUUAUGGUCAGUCUCCUCUGUCACAAGGUCAGUGGAAAGUCAUCAGUUGGAAAGGUGGUCAUUGAUGAAAUCGCAGAAUUCAUACAAAGUUCGUACCCCAACAAAGAGUCUGGAAUUGUGUAUUGCUUUUCAAGGAAGGAAUGCGAGCAGGUUCUAUACAAGUCCUUAGAUUUAUAUUGAACAUCAACUCUUGAAGAUGUACAGUUCCAUCAUGUUGUAUGAUUUCUUUCUUAAAAUUCGUUAUGCUGGACACUGCAUUAUUGUUUAUGUUAUUGAAUUGAAGUAAAUGCUUACCAUGGUUUCUUCAUAAGCUAUUUACAAGCCUUUCUUGUGCUCUAUUAGUAGCGUACUGAAAUGGAAACUGAAAAUUAUCAACAAGGAACCUAAGAUGAGGCUCUAUUGAUAUCCUUCAGUUUUUAUGGGGAGAAUGAAAGCUCCAAGGAGGGAGAGCGAUUGCCUUUUAAGAAUGAAUGGUAAAACAGAGAACUAUGGUCCAUGGUUGAAAUUUAAAAGUUUUCUCUCACGCUGAGGGGUUGUGGCGCAGUGUACAUUUAGAGGAUGAUAAUUUAAUGGAGUUGAUGCAGCCUGAGGACAGAGGAGUUUGUAUCACAUUCUUGAAUCUUUGAAAAAACAUGAUUUUGAUGAGGUUUCUUCAUCUUGAAUCCACAAAACGUAGAAACUUCGACCCUUGAAUCCACAAGGGGUUGAUCCUGGGUACCACAGGAUCAAAAGGGUUUCCUGAAUCCACAGGGGUCGCUGGAAUCCACCAGCAGAUGAAGAGGACCUCAGAGGAAGAAGAAAUUCGUAGAUCUUAUUUAAUGUCUCUUUGGCUAGAUGAGGGGCCUUUAAAUAGGCCGAAAAUCGGUUAAUUGGGAGCCUAAAAUUUGAACGUCAAACAAAUUUAAAAUGACUAUAAGAGGGAACUUUCUCAUCAUAGGACCUGUUUGUUGUGUGACGGUUGCGAUCUUAUUAAAUGUCUAUAAUCUCUUUCCAACUUUUCUCUCUCACGCUUACUGAAAUUUAGGUGGCCAAAGAGUUGCGUGAACGAGGAAUUUUGGCUGACUACUACCACGCUGAUAUGCAUGAUGGUGCCCGUGAAAGGGUUCAUACGCGGUAUGCUCGGUUUCUAAUGAUGACUGGCGGCAUGAGAGAUCUUUCUUUCCCAUGCUUCUGGUUUGUAUUCGUCAAGUGGAACAUCGGUGGAUGUGUUAUCUUUUAGAAUAUUGUCUAGAGUAACACAUAAAUAGCAAAAGUAUUGCUUUGGUAUUCAAGUACUAAUGUUUGAAAUGAAAAAAAACAUUUUUUAAUACUUCCCACGGGUAUCACAAUGCAAUAUCAUGUUGUUAAGCAGCCAAUUGUGCCUUAUAAAUUACUUAUUUUUGCUGACUAUUUUCAUGAGUUUUUCUGGAGAUGAGAACUGGUGUCUUUAGCAAGUUUUGGGAUGGGAAAGCUUAACUUUUUAUAUUUAGACGGUGCUUUUGGCACUAUAACAUUUUUAACCUAUUAUUUUGCACAUUUUUUUAGGUUAUAUCCCAUUUCUUUUUAUUGAUAUCCAAAUAAAUAGACGAUUUAUAUUUUUUCAAUAUUAUGAAAUCAUAUUAUUUUUUUGGGAGCUAGAUUGACACCAGUCUUCUUGUUCUCCUGGACAGUUGGAGCAGCAACAAAUUACAGGUAAUUGUCGGCACGGUAUGUAUCCCAAUGGCCCCCAAUUUUCUACUAAAUGCAUGAGGUUAGGAUCUGAUGAAUUGUUGGGUUAUUGUAGGUGGCAUUUGGCAUGGGAAUUAAUAAACCAGAUGGUGCGUAUUCCAUUUGCUGCACUUAAUCCAUCGAUGUCAGAAUUUUAAAGAUUUUGUUGUCGUUUAUCUCUCUUCUUUGUAUCUGGGAUUUUGAGAAGCGUAGAUUAUCCUGAUAUAAUACUGAAGGUAUUAUUUUUUAUCUUUGGUGACCUGUCAGAAUUGCUUGGCUUUUGUUUUUGCCAGAUAAUUGAGUAAUUUGUUUUCUCUUGGUUUGGCAUGGAGUUCAUAAACUACGAUAAAAUAUUAAGGUAUUUACCAUUGUGAUGAAAGAAGUCCCCGAAAUUACUACGGUAGUUCAACUCUUGGAUUUUUUCAUUGGAGCUUUCAAGAUUGAGGAUUUUAAAGAGACUCCCUACUCAGUCGGAAUCCACAUGGGUGUUUUCAUUCAUUAGGACUCUAGGAUUACAGGGGGGAGGGAGCAAGAAAUUCAUGAGCAUGCCACUUAAGUAGAUGGACAGGUUGUUGUGGAGAGCUAGAGUUGCUUAUGUUGAUGUAAGUGGGCUAGGGGAUCCAACAACUUGGUUGGACUGGAUUGUUGUGAUUUUUUGAAUUAAUAACAUGCUAUUUAUGCUGAUUCAAAGCAGGAAUGACUUCUCAAAAAAAAAAAAAAAAGGGUGAUCCUCUUUUCUGAACGAUGACCCAUCACCGCGUUUCCUUCUCUAUCAAGGCAGUUGUAGAAUGAUUUCCUAGCUUCUAUUCUUCUUUCUAUAUUUUCCAGAGCUUACUGAGCUUUCGGAUCUCAUGUGCUAUAGGGCGUACAGAAAGAAAAUAAUAUGCCUUUUGAAUUUCUAUGGGUCAAUAUAUUACUUUGAUAAAAUCCAAUCAUUAUUGCCUUCUGAUUAAUUGAAAAUUUACGUUUUUAGUCAGGUUUGUCAUCCAUCAUAGUCUCAGUAAAUCAAUGGAGACAUAUUAUCAGGUGGCAUCUCUCACUUCGUUCUCUGUUUUUAGUGAAUAUCUUUUGAUAACCAUUCAUGUUUUUGGUCUCCAUUACAUAUCUAGAAUGAUUUUUUUCUCUGUCCUGACUUCCUAUACCUUUGUUAUGAAAUAAACUUUCAUAAUUAUGCGAAAAAAAAACCCAGGAGAGUGGUCGAGCUGGUCGAGAUGGGCUCCCUUCAGACUGUGUAUUGUAUUAUAGACCUGCCGAUGUCUCUAGGCAGGUAAACACUUCCAUCCAUUAUCAUUAUCAUUCAAGUGCUCAGGGACCUUUUUUGUUGAUCGUUCUAAGAUGAUGUUCCCCUCCCCUCAGAGUUCUAUGGUUUUCUAUGAGAAUUCUGGCUUGCAAAAUCUCUACGACAUUGUACGCUAUUGUCAGGUAACUUAAAUGUCAUAUCGCCAUGUGAGAAAAUUGUACGCUAUGGUAGUUUUCUAUUUAUCUUGUGGUGAAAAAAUUGUGCUCUUCCCGACGCCCAGACUCUCGUGUGUCUCCUAGCAAAGCAACAUAACUGCUCUUUAGUCAUGAAAUAUAUUUCUAAUUUAUGAACUUUUCUCUGCUCUGUGUAAGGCCUUAAAUUUCCCCUUGAAUUAAGGUUUUAUCCGAUGGAAGUAUCUUAGGUACUUUCCUGAAUUUCAUGUCCACGUUUCUUUCCUUGUCAAUUCCUGAAAUAUGAAAAAAAAUAAAAUUGUUCCCGGAAAUUUCUCCACUUUCCCUUCAUUUGUCGUCUUCUGUUAAUGGAAGGUUUUUGGUAUGUGAUGCUGUAGUGCCAUCGUCUGAAUUCAUCGGUGACUAGUCCUUCGCUGUUUCUCCCUGCUCUUGUUCUAUCUUAAUAGGAUCUCGACAUUUUCUUGAUGAUCCCACGCUUAAUUGAGAAGUGAUCAUUUGUUUGAUGCUUUUUCGCUUUUCAUCUAGAAACAUCUGCACAUACAACUUCACAGCGUGCACAAAGGCCUAGUUCUAUAUUUUUCAGCCAAAUUGGUGCCUGCCUUUGGGUUGGAUUUCGGAUUUAGUUCAUUGAUUCAGUUGUCUUUAUGAACUGGUCCAUUAUUAUCUAUUAGACGGAGUUUAUUUCAACAAGUUUUCUUGUGUGUAGAUUUCGUUUCAUGAUACAGCUAUCUAAAUUUGACCUUUCAUCACAUCAACCUACGUCCCUAGGGAAGUGAAAUAUUAAAUUACGGCCAAUAAAUUUUCCUAAAAAGUGUUUUCGUAAGAAAUUUAACCAUUGUGUGUAUAAGUUGAAUAUGUCAUAAGGUUAGUGUUUCUUUCCAUUACAGUCCAGAAGAAGCUGUCGGAGAAAUGCAUUCUUUCAUCACUUUGGAGAGCCAUUGAAGGAUUGCAAUGGUAGCUUCUUACUGCCUCGUUCUCACGCUCUUACAUUAGUCCAUCAAUAGAAAGGUGCAUCAGUCACUUACAAAUUCCUGCCUUCUGUGCACAGGGAUGUGCGACAACUGUGCAAAUGGAAAUGAAGCAAAGGAAAUAGACUGCACUUGUAUGAUGAAGUUUCUCUGACCUCCUUGGUACAAUUUUUAGGAUUUUUAUUUUUAAAUGAUUUCUAUCCUGUCAUGAUUCGCUUCCCCUCUUCUUCAAAGUUUCGACCACAACUAAUUGUUAAUCAGGAGUUUCAGUAAGCAUCUAAGAUCAUAACCCAAGAAAUAGUCGUGUCCUAAAAUGUAUGUCAAGCUAAACCGGAAGACAAGAAGUUAGCUAGGGUUAUAAACAAAAGGCUUAUCAAGGAGCAUUAGCUCUGUCCUGAGGCGCAAAGGCGGAUAUGUUUUUGGAACAAACGGCUCUGUUUUGCGAACGCCUCGGAUUGAGACUUUUGUUAUGACAUGCUAUGUUUUCUCCCCCAUUGCUAGUAGGUUGAUGGGUUUGCACACCAGCACAUAUGUUUCGGCCUACCCAACUGUAAAGGAUGUACCAGUUGUUCUGAGACAUAUUCGUUCUCAGAAAUAGUGUGAAACUGAUGAAAAUGAAAUGGAAUGUAGAAAAACACCAGAUAUGACAUGUUUGCAGGAAAUUCGAGUGUCGUAGAAGAUUAUGUUCUCGGAGAAGGUGAUGAAAUUACGACACUAUACUCAGGUCUAUAAUUGAUUUUGUCAGGUUGUCUAGUUGUCAAGUUCCUGACCAUCUGGAGUGGCUUGUCCAAAACUUUGGUCAUCCAUCUGAUGGGGAAGGAAGGUGUGGGAGUGCUAGAUUUCACUUAUUUUGAUGGAAAGAUGAUUGAAUGUUUUUCAAAACUAUUCAUUUCGAGUGAGUUGGUGUUGAUCGAGUGUUUUUCUCUCACCCAUAUGCGAGAGUAUUGUGUCACUUUGUGAACUGAACUAACCGAGAGAUGAGGCUCUUACAGUGAUGAUAAAAUGCGAUUAGCCCUCCACACCCUGUUUCACAUGAAAUGAUCCCUUAUUCUUUUUGAAAAUCUCUACUAGUGUAAAGUGUUAGUGUCGCUUGAGCUGUUUGGUGUUGAUACUUUACAAGGUUUCAUCGCAUUAGGUUGCUUAUUGUUGGAUUGAUAAUCAUCAUCUGAUUAUCAGCGUUAGGGAUUAUAUGAAAGGUGAACUGUCUAUGCUUCUGAAGUUUGGUGUUGAAUCUUCAGAUCAUGCGAAAGUCAUCGUCUCUCUAUUGCAAGAAAUGCAAGGAAACGACCAGAGAACUACAAUUUUGCAGCUAGUGGAUAAGGUGAAAGCCAAGAUAAAGGAACUUGGUAAGAUCAUAAUCACUUAAAUAUUUUGUUAUUUUCACCGACUUUUUCAAGUCCUCGAACUGGGGGGCCUCGACCUCUUUGCUGAGUUUUUUUUAAAUUCAAUUGGGAGAAUGGGUGUGAAAACAUGUUUCCCAUGUCCAAGUGGAUAACGAUGUGUUCUAUGGCAGUGAUGCAUUGCAGAAAUAUCCUCUUUUUAGCUGCUAAAGCAUGGUAUUGGCAAGCAGAAUUGUAGCGUAUGAUGAUCUGACAAUGAUCUAUAAAAGGAACUGUUAAAAUUUCCGUACCAAGAUGGCAUUAAAUUACCCAAGAAAAUUCUGAUUGCUCAUAAUAUUCGGAACGAUGUAGGCUCAUCAUUUAGUACUUCCUAUUUUUUUAUUUUGGUUUGGUGAAGGCUCUUUUGUCUUAUUUUGGAAAUAGAUUGUAUAAAAUUCCAUUAUUUUCCGCGGAUCCUGUAAUUUUAUUUUAUAUCAGACGGCGAAAUCAUGUAGUAAUUUUUUGUUUUCCUAGGUGCUUCAGGGCAGAAGACUCCUGAACUUAGAAAGGAAGAUCUAGAGCAGGUCAUCGUGCAGCUCAUUGUGGACCAUGUUCUGGUAAGCUACUUCCUCGAAACGAUUCAGGUUGAGAAUGAUCUUAUGGCACUAAUUGGGGGUGGGUGGCGGGGAACGCCUUCAGACGAGUGAUUUAAUGCCUCUGAAAUGAUUCCUUCCUUCAUGUUAAGAUCACAGAUAGGCUCUUAGUAUAAUAAACAUGUGUGAAUUGUUUAUAUAGGGCUAGAAAUCUUGUUCAUAAGAUGUAUGAUUCAACCCGACCCAUCAAUGUUCUGAUUAUCAUUUCUCAUCAAUCUUUCUGGAUGUUUCAUCUGAUCCGGUUGGCCGUCUAAUUUCAGUUUAUCUUCUUUUUUUUAUAUUUUUUUCCCUAUAAAUAGAGAGAAGAAUUUCAGCAUACAGCCUAUGCAACAAAUGCUUAUGUCACGCUUGGACCGCUCUGGAGGCAGGUCUUGCAAGGUGAGAGUAUAAUCUCUUCAGCAGCAUUCAAUCUUAGAAAAAGAGCUCAGCUCAAAAAAAAAAAAAAAAAAAAAAAACCUGAUUUUUUUGUGAUCUGAAUUGUAAAUUAUGGCUCCAGAUAUUUUUCUGAUAGAAAAAAUGAAAACAUUAAUUACAUAAUUGGGCUCGGCCUCAUCCAGGAUCCAGGGCCGUCAGCCUGGAGAUGCCCGGUGAUCGGGCAGGCGGCAGCAUUAGAACAAGAUCAUCUCAGCCCAGCAGCUUUGCUCCGGGUCUCGAGACCAAGCUUGAUGAGCUGAGGAGAGUGAUUUCUUCUUCUUCUUCUUCGUCUUCUGCUCAGGGUGAGAUCUUCCCUCACGCUGUUCUAUCCGCCCAGCAGAUCCGCGCCAUCAGCACCCAAAAGCCCACAUCAUCGGAAGAGGUGGAACGGAAAUAUUUACUCUUUCUAUCAUUUUUUAUAUUUUUUCAAGAUAAAUAAUUCCUCUUUUUUUAAAUUUUUUUACAAAUCCCUCUGUUCAUCUCUGUGAACAACAGCCUGAUCAGAGGGUUUAUGUAUUUAUUUUCUCUUCGCCCCAGCAGAAAUAUUAUUUAUUAUUUGUUUAAUAUUCUAUUUGCUGAUUGGAAGAUUUGUUUUUUCUAUUUAUGGGGGUGAUGAUUUCUCCUGGGUUUGAUUGUCGCAGCUGGAGAAGCUGAUUGGGAAGUUGAAGGCGGGGAGGUAUGGCGGCAGGAUACUUGGGCUCGUCCGGGGGUACGCUGGGGGCGAGGGGACCCUGGGGAAGAGGCCGAGGGAGGAGCAUUCUCCCGUUUUUAUUGGGAGCAGCGAGGACGAAUGCGUUGGCAACUGA